GAACACAAGCAUGCAUCAGUAUAUCUUCAGCUGAUGUCCUGGAGGACGCUUCGUGAUUGAGGUGACCUGUGUUUACAAAGUGAGAUCAGUGUUUUUCUUCUCUGGAAUUGUGACAUGCUUUUGUUCGGGCCAACUUUCCAGUUUGAAAUGCGAGAAACGUGUCUGUCAAGUUGAUGAUUGGGACACGACCCGUUUCCCCCGGUGCCUACGUGCUGAUCAUCCCGUGUACCCAUCCAGAGCACAGUGAUUGAGACGCAGCUGCCAUGUGCGCAUCCUCUCAUAUAUUCACGCGUGCGUAAUUCUAGACAGUUUUUGAAAAUAACUAAGGUUGCCGAUUAUGGGUUAGGAAGGGACGAUUUUCAUGUGUAAAUUCGUGUUUGGACUCUACUUUUAUUAACACCUCGCUGGCCGAGCGCUCCACUGCUGGUGUGGACUGAAAAGGGGGACUGCUGUUACGCGCCCUGGGUGUGUCAAUGGACGUCACGGAAGUCCGCUAUCCGGUGGCCGCACUGUGGGAACUGUAUAAAUCCGCGCCAGUAUCCAAAACGAUGGGAAAAAGUUGCACUGGAGUUCAAGCGCGGUGUCCUGUUGCGUGAUCUCCCGCAGCUAUCCUCAGGAAACCAACCAUCUGUAUCCACUGACCAGCAGCGCAGACAGACAAGUGCGCUGCGCUGUGUUGAGUCUGGAGGGAGAGAAAAAAAAAAGAGCAGGAAUAAAACUUGUUUCAUACUUCACAAGCCGCCCGCUGCAUCGGAGUCCCCCCGAGAUGAUGAAUUUUAUCCUCAUCUGCCUGCUAUGUGGAUUGUACGGUGUUCUUGCGAGAGAUAAAGAUCAGAAGGGGAAGUACAGCGUCCCAAUUCUGGAUGUGAAGUCUCGGCAGCUCGUCCUGGACACCAACCAGACACUACUGCUCAGCUGCAGGGGUCGCUGGGAGCUGUCAUGGGCGCUCCCGUCAGGUUUGUCUGGGGAUCAGGUGCACGUGGAGGAGUCUCGCUGCGGGAGGACGAGCACACUGUACUGCAGCGUCGUGACGGUGAGCCGCAGCCAGGUGCAGCACACCGGCCAGUUCCGCUGCAGGUACCGGCACCGAACCCGAAGGCAGACCUCCAUCUAUGUAUAUGUCACAGACAGCCAGCAGCCAUUUGUGGACCCUCCGGGUAUGAGCCCAGAUGUGUUGUACCUGAAGGAGAAGCAGCCGCUGGUCAUCCCCUGCAGGGUCACCCACCCGAAUGUCACCACCACGCUGGUCAAGCAGUACCCCAACUACAGCCUGAGUCCGGACCAGAGGAACAUUAUUUGGAACAGCAAGCAAGGCUUCACCAUCCGAUCUCCCACCUUCUUUUACAUUGGCAUGUUCUUCUGCCAGACAAUCACUGACGGCGUCACACACAAGUCGCGUGUGUACUUCGUGCACAGACUGGUGAGUAACAUCAUGGAGGUGUAUCUGAACAGCAGUGGACCAGUGGAGGCCCUGAAGGGAGAGAGAAUGGUCUUGAACUGCACUGCCACUGGGGAGCUGAAUACCAGAGUCAACAUCACCUGGGAUUACCCCGGAAAGAUCAACAACACAGGCUUCACGUCCAAGAGGCUCCUGAAACAUCGAACGCACAUGUUGUUCUACAAUAUUCUGACCAUCCCGAAGCUCCAGCGUUCGGACCGCGGCCUCUACACAUGCCGCGUCACCAGCGGGGAGAAUACCAAACAGCAGAAAGUCACCGUCACUGUCUUCGACCGUCCAUUUAUCCGCCUGAAGCCCAGACACGAAUCUGUGAUGGAGGUGCAGGCGGGACAGAAAUCUUACCGAAUCUCUCCCAAACUACGAGCGUUCCCCGCCCCUCAAGUCAUCUGGUUGAAGGAUGGCAAGGUGGCAGCGGAGCAGUGCUCCAGAUACCACAUGGAUGGAAAUUCCCUGGUGAUCCGGGAUGUAGCAGAGGAGGAUGCUGGGAAGUACACUGUCCUGGUACGAAUCCAGGAACACGGACUCUUCCAGAAUCUCACACUCAGACUUGUGGUCAAUGUGAGUCCUCAGAUAGGGGAGAAAGCGGUGUCGUUGCAGGACCCGGGUUCAGUGCCGCGAGGGAGCAGACAAGCACUUCACUGCACAUCCCACGGAGUCCCGCCUCCACACAUCCAGUGGCUGUGGCAUCCCUGCCCGUCUAAAGGCCUGUGUGUGUGUCCAGCAUCCUCUUUGCAAUGGAGCUCUGUGACAGAAAGAAUCCCUGCCACGUCCACAAGCAACCACAUCCUGAGUGUUGCAGACAGACAGGAAGUGCUUCAGGGGAAGAAAAAGACAGUGGGGGUCCUGACUGUAGGAGAGGCCUCGGUGUCUGGAGUGUAUCGCUGCGUUGCCUCCAACUUGGCGGGAACCGACCAGCUAGACAUUCACUUCUACGUCACAGACGUCCCAGGAGGCUUCAGUGUGAGCCAGAGGGAGGAGCCCAGAGAGGGCGGAGACCUUCAUCUCACCUGUGUAGCCAAUAGGUACCUGUACACAGCGUUGUCAUGGGAAAGGGUGAAUAACACAAAGGACACCCAUUCCCGCAUCCUUGCCCCGAGUAGUCAGCAGCUCACUUCUGGGGAGUUCUCCAACUCUCUGAUCCUGUUGAUAAGCAACCUGACAGCCAGAGACUCUGGAGCUUACAGAUGCUCUGCCCGUCACCUCAUCACCAGACGGAAGACACACCUGGACACACAGGUGGUGGUCACAAGGCUCAACGCGUCAACUUCCUCCCUCGAGACCCCCAUGAGGGAAUUGCGAGAGAGACAGGGUGACCAGAAAGAGAGAAUUUUGGAGCCUCCGGUGCUGCUUAAUAAUUUGACAGAUCUUACUGUCAACAUUAGCAGCUCAGUGAUCCUCAGCUGCCCCUCUGAGGGCGUCCCAGCCCCAACUAUCACUUGGUAUAAGGACGAACAAACUCUAUCUCAGGGAUCAGGUAUUGUGAUAUCACCAGAAGAUGGGACCCUCCAUAUUGAUCGAAUCACAGGGGAGGACCAGGGCCUGUAUACCUGCCAGGCCACCAAUGAGAGGGGCUCUGCAGAGAGCUCUGCCUAUAUAUGGGUCAACGGUGCCUCAGAGGCCUCAUUUCUGGAGCUCCCCAUGCUCACUUGUACCUGUGUGGUGGCCACGCUCUUCUGGCUUUUGCUCACACUCAUCAUACGCAAACUGAAACAGCCCAACAACUCAAACACCAAAACCGAGUACCUGUCCAUCAUUCUGGACACAGGAGAGGGGCCAAUAGAAGAGCAGUGUGAGAGACUGCAAUACGACCCCAACCAAUGGGAGUUCCCCCGGGAGCGGCUCCAAUUAGGGAAACCUCUGGGCCGUGGAGCGUUUGGUAAAGUGAUGCAGGCAUCUGCGUUCGGUAUAGACAACACCACCAGCUGCAGCACUGUGGCUGUCAAGAUGCUCAAAGAGGGAGCUACAGCCAGCGAACACAAGGCUCUGAUGACUGAGCUCAAGAUCCUCAACCACAUUGGACAUCAUCUAAAUGUGGUGAAUCUAUUGGGGGCCUGCACCAAGCCAGGAGGACCACUGAUGGUCAUUGUCGAGUACUGUCGCUAUGGAAAUCUCUCAAACUUCCUGAAGAGCAAGAGAGAGGUGUUUGUGCACAACUCAUCGGCCGGAGAAAAGGAUGGAGAUCCAGGUUGUGUCGACAGCCAGAGCAGCAUCAGAGCAGAGUUUGAUGAGGGAGAAGAGAAAGAUCCCAAAUCUGCCGCAAACUCCCCAUUAUUCCUGGAGGACCUCAUCUCCUUCAGCUUCCAGGUGGCGCGAGGGAUGGAGUUUCUGGCUUCUCGCAAGUGUAUUCACAGAGACCUGGCAGCCAGGAAUAUUCUGCUUUCUGACAAUAAAGUGGUCAAGAUCUGUGACUUCGGCCUGGCCAGAGACAUCUACAAAGACCCCGACUACGUCCGCAAGGGAGAUGCCCGCCUCCCUCUUAAAUGGAUGUCACCAGAGUCCAUCUUUGACAAGGUGUUCACCACCCAGAGCGACGUCUGGUCCUUCGGCAUUCUGCUGUGGGAGAUCUUCUCCUUGGGAGCGUCUCCGUACCCCGGUCUUCAAAUAGAUGAGGAGUUCUGCCACAGGCUGAAGGGGGGAACAAGGAUGCGAGCACCUGAGUACAGCACAUCUGAAAUUUACAGCACAAUGCUGGCAUGCUGGGAGGCCAGUCCCUCAGAUCGACCCACCUUCACCAACCUGGUGGAGACACUGGGAGACCUGCUGCAAGCAAGGGUUCAGCAGGAUGGGAAGGAUUACAUUCCUCUGGGAUCUUUCAAGACUCCAGACACUGGUCGCAGUGAGACGUUCAAAGAAAACCCGCUUGCAGUCACAAACUUGAGUUACAUGAGGGGAAUGGCCACACUUCAGAUUUUUGAGGAACUGCCCUGCGAGGAGCCAGACAGCCCUGAAGAUGAGCAAAGCGACAGCGGCAUGGUCCUGCCGUCUGAGGAGCUGAACCAUCUGACGUGGAAUAACGGCACCAAGAACCGGAAGCUGAGCAGGUGGUUCUUUUCCUUCGCUAAGUGCCGAGACAACCAGAUGCCUUUCCUGUGCAAUGACAUCACAGGUCUCCGUGAUGACGAGCCGUCCAUCUUGCCAUGUGAUUGGGAGUCCGACGAGAGCGGCUCCCCUCCACCGGACUACAACUCAGCCUUCCUCUACCCUUCCCUCUAGCACCUGUUCUUGUCCAACUCUUUGAUGCCCUCACACAGGUUGUUUAUAUUGUCCCGCUUGUCAUUUUUAGUCAGUCAGGUCUGAUUAUUUUUUUUAACCUUUUCAACUUGCGUCCUCUACCUCAGUAUCUGCAUGUAUCCUUCUGUCCUCUUCUCCUCUUUCUCCAGAUUUUAAACAAAACCCCAGUAUAAUCUCGCAUUACUACACAUAACGCCUUCCAAGAGCAGCUAAGUAUUACCCGAUAGUACUUAUCACACGCAGAAUGUAUUUACUGACCUACAAGUAUCAGAGCUUAUUGUAUUGGUACCUCAUGUGCUGAGCUUUGUGAAGAGGAACACUGCUGUAUGAAUUAAUUGUUUCUCCUGCACAGCUUCUAUAUGCUGGAAAAAAGUUAUUAUCCACUGAAUUAUAGUUUCUAGACAGGGUAUAUCGGUCUGUAUUUAUUUGAAUGCUGUAAUGUUUUCCUCUUUUCCUCUGAUCAUUUCAUGGAUGAGUUGUCCAUGUCUGUAUCGGACCUUUCGUGAAUGUAAAUAAACACUUAGUUGCCAGGUUGUUAGGUACAUCUAAGUAAAACUAACACAGUGUAACACAGCAGCUCUGCCGUAACAUUUAAUUUCUCGAGGGUUACAAUGUUCAUGUUUUAUUGAAGCUGUUUUAGAAAGCUGCAUCCCAGUAGUAUCAAAAUGUAAUGUGACACGAAUGACCGAGAUUACCGUUCAGUCGAAUGAAACGGUUUCAAUAAAAACUGUUGCAAGGCUUUUGUUCACACUAGUUUUACUUAGAUAUGCUUCAUAAUCUGGCAACUGAGUGUCUGUUUAAUUCUAUAUUGAUUAUCCUUUGAUAUAGAAUCCACUUAAGUCAUUCAGGGUUGACAAAAAUGUAUGAUAUAUACAUUUUCUCAUGCUGUUUUUUUUUUUUUUUUUUUUUUUUUGCAAUAUAAUUCAAUUAUUGUCGAUUCAGCUGUCAUUAUUUUCCUCAUCAAAUGUUCUUUUUUCCCAAACCGUCAGAGCUGAAAUGAUUAUUGGAUCAACAGAAAAUUUUGAAUUAUAGGCUAGAAACACUAACCAUUCCCAACUUCGAGCUCCUCAGCUGUAAGAACAUGCUGCUUUUCUAUGUCCUGGAUGACAGUCACUAGAUAUUUCUUUUAGUUUUAGACAGUCAGGCUAGGUAUUCAAAGAUCCACUUCUUUUUUUUUACCAUUUUCUGACUAAAUAUAAUACGAACGAAUCACAGCAGAUAAAGUGUUAAUGAAAACAAUUGUUAGCUGCAUCCCUGCAUUACAUAAAAUCACCAGAUACUGUCGAUCCACUACAAUAUUGGUGUCUAAUCUACUUCCUGGUAUUAAAGGAUAAGGUUACCCACAAAUGAAAAUUCACUUGUCUACUCAGUCCCAUACUGAUGGAAAGAAACAUUUCUGGAGCUUCACAUCAGCUGCAGUGAACAUUUCACCUUAGAAAUUACGCAAAAAUAAAAAAAUGUCUUGGGUGUAUCUGGGAUCUCUGGGUUUCCAGAGAUUAUGAUUAUGCUGGAAGGGCUGUAUGUAAUCAUUUUAUGGGUUUAUUUUGGUUAUUUUGACAUUUUUAAAACAAGUCGCCAUCUACUUAAGUUGAGUCACACACCCAGUUUCAUCAUGAAGCUCUAGAAAUGUCAACAGAACUUCACACUUUCCAUCGUCACGGGGGUGAUUAGAUAAUGACCAUCUUUUCAGUUUUGGGAUGACUAAACCUUUGAUAUGGAAUCUGUGUCUGGACAGUGAAAUCCAAUUUUUUCCUGCAUUUGCACAUUUCUUGUUAUCCAGAUACAGACUGCAUGUGUCCCUUUGCAUUGCGAAUGUCCCAGCUGACAGAUUAUCGACAUCUCAGGCAUCUCAUUUUAUAGGAAGUGAGCCAGAACUAUAUCUUAACAGCGUCUAGUGUGACUUCAAGGUUUGUUCAGCUUUGAUGAAGUGCAUUUUAUUUGCCUUCAUUUUCAGUUUUAGAGAUGAUUAAUCAAAAAAUGUAAGUGCAACUCAUUAAAUAACCUACAUGUUGACCUUAGUGUUGUUUUUAUGCUUCUAUAACUUGUUUAACAGUUUAACUUUUGUACAUUAACAGCUGUAAUCUAAUGCAAAAAAAAAGACAAGAUCCUGCAUGUAUCAGUUUUGGUAUUCUUUAUUAAAAUACUGCUGUACACACAAAUAUUGCAAAAUUUGAGACAAUGAACACAAGAGGGGCAUAAAACAUACUAAGAUGGUGAUUGUAGGUGUGCUGAUGUGGGGGAGGAGAAGAUGGUCGUCACUAAUAUUAACUGGAGUGUGUGUUAUGAUGUGGAAGAUAGUGAUAUGAGCACUGACAUUGUGUAGAUCGAGUUGGGGGGAGAUUGUGUGUGUGUGCGUCUGAAGGUAAGCAUGUGUGUUUGUGUGUCGAGGGUUUUAUUUUCUAAAGCACCACAUUCACCAAAUAUGUUUUUGUCUGUUCAUUUCACUAAAACUGAGGAAGUAGUACAUGAUCUAACACAGCUGGCUCCCUGCAGGUUUGUUGCCCUCGAGUACAGACCAUCGACUUCAGCCAAGACACUGCUCUCGUUUAUUCCCUUUCAUCUUGAUUUGUCUUAUAACUGACAGUUUAGUUCGCUGUGUGACCCUGUUGUCCUUCUUCAGUCGCCACAAGCUACUGAGAACAAGACGAAUUAAUCGAGAGCAGUGGGUUGAGACAGCACAGAUUGAUCUCUUUGAAGCAGGUUCAGUUAAUUUGAUUCAAAUCAUCAGUGGAAUAUGACCCGUGCUCAAGGGCAACAUGGAAUCCCUCACAGCAUGAUCUCCACAAUGUUAACUUCCUUUAAAAAAAAAAAAAAAAAAAAAAA